ACUCAUCACCAUGACCAUGAGCCAGGCAGGCAGGCAGGCCGUCCAGAAGGGACCAAGAUCAUGAGAUGCUGUGUUGUUACCAUGUAUCCAUGCAUCUCACUCUCACCCCACUGAUGGAUGGAUGGAUGGCGAUGAGCUCGAGCUGAGCUGGUGCGUGGGUGCUGUGGCAAAAGCCCUGCCAAAACCAACCCCCUCCUCGGCUUCGGCUCCUCACUUCCAUUUCCAUUUCCACCCAGACGGCAUCUGCAUUGUCCACGCCCGCCCGCCCAUCCUCUUCCUCCCACCCCACGCCGUGCAUCUGUCGCGCGCACCAAUUACCAAACCAAACCGAGCCUCGCCAUGGAUCUGCACUACGGCGCCCGUGUCGGGGAGGCCAUGGCGGUGGGCGAGGCGGCCUACAUCGCCACCGCCGGCACCGGACACGCCUCCACCACCGGGCCCGCCUCCGCCGGCGCCGUGGUGGACGUGGUGACCCGCGAGUCGGCGGCGCAGGCGCUGGGCACCGUGGUGCAGCUGCACUUCGACAAGACGGUGGAGAAGAAGCGCGCCGCCGACGCGCAGAAGCAGGAGCUGUGGCGCCUCUUCCUCGCCUUCUUCCUCCUCCUCUCCCUCGUCCUCUCGGGCGUCGCCACGUCCCCGCCCGCGCGCCUCCAGUGCCGCCACCUCUGGGCGCCCGCGGGACUGCUCUCGCUCGCGCACCUCGCCUUCUACGCCGCCGUCGCGCACCACCUCCGCUGCCUCAACGGAUUCCGCUACCAGCGCCGCUGCCACAAGCUCACGCUCGCCCUCGCCGCCGACAGGCUCAGGAUGCUCAAGUCCGCGGCUGAGGUCGUGCCGGCGGCAGACGUCGAGGUGCCCUACCAGGAGCCGCCGGAGGCGUACCUCGCCAAGUUCAGGAGGAGCUGGGCCAUCCACUUCGCCUUCCUCAUCACCACAUUCGCCUUCUCCGUCGCCGCCUCCGUCGCAAUCCUCUGCUUCUAGUUCUAUAACUAGGAGGGAGAUCCCAGCAGAUCGAUCCAUCCAUCUCUCUGCCUCCAUGCAUAAUGCAGCAUCUGAGAGUAGAGUCAGAUGACAUUUCAGUUUCAGAGGAGAUUACCUACCAUUCCAAUUAUCUCUUUUCUUUGUUAGUACUCCUAGUGUGUACCAGCAGCAGCUGCACUAGCUAUGAAAUCAAAGAGAGGUCAACUGAACUAGCCUUCUUGUUACUCCUCUCCUAAUUGUGUGUCAGGCUCACAGUGAUGCUUUUGCUUGGCCCCUGCUAUGCUAUCAGAGUUUACUGCUCCCUC